CUCGAUACGGAACAUCAGUUCACGAUUAAUCGUACGUCACUUCCGCCUCGGUAGCAGCAGAACAAAAUGGCGGCUGUGUUGGAGCGAGUAGAUGGAUGUGUCGCUCCAGCGGAUUCGGACUCGUUGACGCCGCGUCAGAGCAGCCCCCUGCCCGAGCAGCACCAGAACAACCCUCUGCUUGGACUGCCCAUCGUUGCGAUCGAGGCAAUCCUCAACUUCCUGUCCUAUGACGAGAUCAGCCUUCUGCGCGCGGUGUGCAAGCGUAUGGACAUGAUCUGCCAGCGCGUCCUGAACCAAGGCUUUCUGAAAGUGGAGCGGUACCACAGUCUUUGCCAGAGACAAGUAAAAGCCCAGUUGCCCAGGCGGGAGUCUGAAAGAAGGAACCACUCCCUGGCUCGUCAUGCGGACAUCCUGGCAGCUGUAGAGACCCGCCUCUCUCUGCUUAACAUGACAUUCAUGAAGUAUGUGGACUCCAACCUCUGCUGUUUCAUUCCUGGAAAGGUCAUCGAUGAGAUUUACCGUGUGCUGCGCUAUGUGAACUCUACCCGAGCCCCCCAGAGAGCUCACGAAGUUCUUCAGGAGUUGAGGGACAUCUCAUCCAUGGCCAUGGAGUACUUUGAUGAGAAAAUUGUCCCCAUUCUAAAAAAAAAACUACCAGGAACGGAUCUGUCCGGCCGCCUCAUCGGCUCUGCUCCAGUGGCUGGACCAUCCACAUCACUGACCACCAUGUCCCUGCUGGCCAAGAACACGCCGUCGCGCUCUGAGAUGACAAAGGUGCAGCAGCAGGUGAAGGUAAACGGCGCCUCCAUGACGGCUCUGCGCAGAGAAAUGCAGGAGGUGCGGAUGAAGCAGCUGGAGCAGCAGAAGCAGCUGCAGGACCAGGAGCAGAAGCUGCUGGAGCAGAGUCAAGUGAUCGCAGAGCAGAACGCUCGCCUCGGUGAGCUGGAGCACAAGCUCCGGGAGAUCCUGGACAGCCGCGCUGCCACCAUGGGGAGGAGGGGGUCUACCGCCGCCGUCUCCACGUCUUCUGCUGUGGCGAGCACGCCUGCCACCGCGCUGACUGAUAGCCGAGCCUCACUCGCAGGAGCAGACGACAGCUCGUCGCUGAAGCGAGCCCAGAGCCCAGAGACCUCAGAGCUUCCCCGACAGUCAAAGCGACUGCGCCAGAGGAAGUGAGGCUGGAUGCUCUGCCCGUUGUUUGUGUCCAAGUCUUAACUCGCAUAUCAACACCCCCCAGUGAUCCUAAACCAUCAACCGUCUGUCUCAACAGCCAGUCUUUGCAUAUGGAUCUUCAAGGAUGAUGGCUGCACCGCUUUGUCUGCUUUGUUUGACUGAGGCCUCAGGAGUCGGCAAUUCAACUUUUAGAUUCUCCUGACUCAAGUGUGAACAUUUGAAUGAUUGAAAAUACCAAAAAAACAUGUUUCUCUAGAAGCUGAAUCCACAGGUAACUGCAGAUCCACUUGAGGGUCUGUAGGAGGUUGUGCUGACUUAAACCUCUGGUUUGGAAGCCAGCGGCAGGAAUGAUGCUCAAAAUGACCUUUUCACCUGCUCUCUGAUCUGAAUCAGAAUAUUUUGUUUAGGACAGAAAUUAGAGAAUCGUAAAGUUCAGAUCCUCCUCAAGACUGUCGAGACACUUUUGGUCUGUUUGUAGAGCUCCAUCCGAGACCUCAGUCUCUGUGUCAAAACUGGGCCAGCCUAGAAAUGUUUUGCACGAAUCAACGCACCCGUUUGGAAGAAAACCUUUUGGUUCAAAACACUUUAACAAGAAGUAGAAAUUCUUAAGCCCUGCCUUGGAGGAUUGAUGGUUACACCACUGGAAGAGGUGAAGAACACUGGAAGAACGAGUGGCUGAAGAACUUGUUUGUCUUUCUACUUUCUUGUUUAAAGCAUCACCGUGGCCCACGUGCACAUGUGCAUUGGGCCUCCUCUGAGUCGUCAUUUUCAUUAAAAAAAAACGUUCUCUUCAUGUUUUUGAAGCUGUGGAUGAAUUCUCAUGUAUGUGAAGGACAUUUCAGUCAGAUGUAUCUAUUAAAUCUUAAUAUAAGGAUGCCUGCA